AUGUCUAAUGAUACGGAAUCUGAGCUCGCUGUGGAACGGAAGAAGCUGUAUCAAGGAACAUUCAAAAUUCACCUGGAUCAGAUCGUUGCCCACCCAUCCUGCCGGAAAUUGAAUGAGAAAAAUGGGAUGCGACUAUGCAACAUUUUCCAUAAGGAGACUUGUCGACGGUUAGACAUCGGAAAUCGGGUCACAGCUGUGGUGUGCCGGCAGCAUCUAGAAACUGCUCUCCGCGCUGCGGACGACGAGGAACGGGUUGGAAGCGACUCUUCUGGUUAUAAAACUCUACAGUUUGCCGUAGGACAGGUGAGAUGUCUACAUGGCCAGCACCGGCUUCGGGCAGCAGCAAAACUUCUCCCGGUGACCGACCGUUGGUGGUUGGUUGACAUAUAUCUCGAUGAUGUCAGCCCAAGCCUUCAGGCCGCACUCGUGGAUGAAUAUGCGAAUGAGCGGACUCCUAGUGAUGGUGAAGUCUACUGCAAGGUGCGCCAGUACCAGCAUGAGGCCAACGCUGAAUUCGAAGGGAUGUGGAUGGCCCGGCUCUCGGGAAACAAAGCCAGGAGAUUCCAAAGUCUGUCUUCCAAUAAAGCUAUGAGAGCUGCAUUCGACGGAUUCCUAGCAAUUCCUGCAAUUUUAGAGCAGGGAAUGAUGUUCGGGUCUCUGCCCUGGGUCUUUGCAGCUUCUGCUGACGAGGAGGUCAUUGUUGUCCUGGCUCAGUUACGAGAAUUUUGGUCAUCGCUGGUGCAGAAUGACAGCGUGAAAAUGUUGAAGAUUGACUCUGGCACAAUCGAACGCCUGCAACUUCGCGCCCCAGGAGUCUCGGACGAAGACAGAGACCUUAUUUAUGGAUGGAUCUCUAGCGGUCAGGUAUUCCCAAAUCUGACUAAACCUGAGCGUGACGAAAUAUGGGAUAUUCUAAAGGGAAGGAAAUCAAUUAUUCCAUCACUGUACACCUUUUCCCAGAAUAUGCGGUACCUUGCAGCAUGCGCCAAGUGCAUGAAACGCUUAGUGUCCUUAAGCAAAUACCAUCGGACUAUUCGAACAGCCAUGUUGAACAUAUACAAACCGUCCUCCGAGGGAUUUUUUAUUCAAACUUCAGAAACUGACUUCCGAAAAAAUUAUGCUUCCCCCAGGGAAGGUGCAGAGCUCGCAUACGAGCAGUUAUGGAUCUUCUCCAUGCGCCACUAUUCGGAGAUGACCAAGGAACCAGAGAAUGACGAUGUUAUCGCAAAGCCAGACUAUCAAAAGCCAAAUGAAUCGCUCUUACAUCGUAUGGCUCUUCUUGCAAGGAGGCUGGGCUUUGACUCAGAUGAAAUCAAGGGGCUUCUGAAGCUCUCUCCCGAUCGACAGAUCGCAAAGUCUGCUCUUCUUCAGGCCAGGCCGCCGGACCAAUAUCAAUACAGCAACGAUAUCUUUGAGUCCCUUGUGGAUCGCAUCGUCGAGUCUUUUGACUAUGUGGCACCGGGUAACCCACCUCAAAGAUCAACCCUAAGCGAGGAGACAAAAUUGAGUGCUCGCCGAGGGUUCCCACACAAAAAGGCUCAAAAUCUUGAUCGGCCGGUUCGAUUUAUUGAUCAACUUCAUGCUAAAAUCCCAAAUUGUAGAAAGGUAACUACAUUCUUCAUAAGACAGUGUAUAUAUUUUACAUUCUUUGGCAAGGUCUCGAGGGGGCUGCUACUCGAUACCAACCCAUGCAAUCGUGAAAUGCCCCAACGAGCUACCUCCCCUCUUUUUGUUCCAGAUACUGAGGAGAUGGAAAUGCCGGAUGCUGUCAGAAGUUCUGUUGACGCUGAGAUGCAGAGAGGGAGCCUGCAGGAAGAAGAACGUCUGCGAGAAGAACAACGUCUGCGAGAAGAAGAAAGCCUCCGAGAGGAGCAGCGUCAAAGACGUCCAGUCACUCGACUUGAUUUUUCUCAAGCCUUUGACAGAUUGGAAUCAACAAAGACCUCUAGUCAGUCAUAUUCUCAACUACCUCUACCGCCUAACAUAUCUACACGGCAGGAUAUUGACCUAGAAGAGCAAGAGGAGCAAGAGGAGCAAGAGGAGCAAGGACAAGGAGAGGAAGCAGAGGAAAGAGAGGAGCAUUAUCAACAAGACGUGCGCCAAAAAGACAACCAGCGUCAAAAGCGACCUGUCACACGAGUUGACUUUGCACGCGCUUUUGAAAAAUUAGCUCAACAGAAUAGUCCGCCUAAUUUUUCUACACAGGACGGCCAAGGCAUACUGGGCACUGAAGUCCAGUUUUUCUCCCAACUGGAAGGUGAUCCGAUACGUCUGGAUCACUGGUCGUUUCGGGUAAAGGGGUCGUUUUGGGUGAAGGUUCACGGAAGUUGA